GUUUCAAUAUCUUUUAAACGUUUUUCGUGUUAUGGGGGUGUGUUAACAACUAGUCUAAUAACUAAAUUGAAAGCAGUGACAUUUUGCGAAAAUGAGAGUAAAUAUAUACCGAUAGUUAAAUUUACAAUGGAUUUAUCUCUCGGUAACUCGCACGGGAAUGGUCUGUUAUAUGCGGGAUGGAACCAGGAUCAAGGAUGUUUUGCUUGUGGAAUGGAGACGGGAUUUCGAGUAUACAAUUCAGAUCCACUGAAAGAAAAGGAACGGCAAGACUUUGCUGAUGGUGGAAUUCAUCACAUAGAGAUGUUAUUCAGAUGUAAUUACCUGGCUUUAGUGGGCGGAGGUAAAAAUCCAAAGUAUCCACCAACAAAGGUGAUGGUAUGGGAUGACCUGAAGAAGAAACCAGUGAUUGAACUGGAGUUUUCCACAGAUGUUCGCAGUGUCAGGCUGAGGCGUGAUAGGAUUGUGGUAGUGUUAGACACACUGAUCAAAGUUUACACAUUUACUCAGAACCCACAGCAGCUGCACGUCUUUGAAACGUGUCCUAACCCUAAAGGGCUUUGUGUUCUGUGCCCAAACAGUAACAACUCUCUUCUCACUUUUCCGGGGAGAAAAAGUGGUCAUGUUCAGAUAGUGGAUUUGGCCAACACAGAGAAAUCUGCUACAGACAUUCCGGCUCAUGAGGCCCCCCUCAGUUGUAUUGCCAUGAAUCUUCAGGGAACUAGGCUAGCAACAAGCUCCGAGAAAGGGACUCUUAUCCGUGUGUUUGAUACUCAUUCAGGACUCCAAUUGCAUGAACUAAGGAGAGGUGCUAAUAGUGCUCAUAUUUACUGUAUCAACUUCAAUCAAGACUCCAGUCUUCUUUGUGUGGCUAGUGACCAUGGAACGGUACAUAUCUUCUCUACAGAAGACCCCAAAAAGAACAAACAACUUGGGAUAGGGUCUGCUAGUUUCCUUCCCAAGUACUUCAGUUCUACGUGGAGUUUCUCCAAGUUCCAGGUCCCUGGAGGGGCACACUGUAUUUGUGCCUUUGGAGCAGACCCCAACUCUGUUAUAGUUGUUUGUGCAGAUGGCAGUUACUACAAGUUUGUGUUCAACCAGAAGGGAGAAUGUACAAGAGAUGUAUAUGCCCAGUUCUUAGAAAUGACUGAUGACAGAUCGUAAUUGUGAAAAGAGCCAUUUUGCCCCAUUAUACACACAUGUAAAGUGCUUUGCCAUUUUUAUGUUGCCUGCAAAACAUCGAGUCACUUCAUAAUCACUUUGUCUAUCAUCUGUGUGUUUGUCAUACUCUGUAAUUUUUAGCUAAGAGAGAUGCAGUUCACUAUUAAACAGAUUCCUUGCUUGAAUUUGACCUUUGUUGAAUUUGACCUUUUUGUUAAAACUUUUUAAAACAAUUGUAUCUGAAUGUAAGAGAUAUCUAUCAUUUUUGCAAACAAUCCUUUGAAAAUACAUGUACCAAGUGCAAUUUUUUUUUUUACAUUAUUAACUAAAUGUUUGGUCAGUUUGCUUCUUUCCUUAAAAAGAAGAAGAUAUUUAAGCAGUUUUUCAGUGAAUGUCUGUACCUUUUCCAUGCAUGUGUACUGAUUAAUUCUUGAAACAUGGCAGGAAAAUCUGUCUGAUAUUUACCAAAGAAAAACAUGGCUUGCAGGAAAAUUAGUCUGGAUGAAUUUAUUUUUAUUAUUACCAGAUUCUGUGACUAGAAAAUGAGUGUUCAUUCAUCUUUUCUAAAAUUGAUAACAGCCUUAAAACUAUUUUGAAAAGUUUUGUGUUUACUUAAGUUAGAAAUUUCACUGGUUAUAUAAACGUUUUGUGUUUAUUUGAGUUAGACAAUUCACUGGUUAUAGAAGAGUUUUGUGUUUAUUUAAGUUAGAAAAUUCACUGGUUAUAGAAAAGUUUUGUGUUUAUUGAAGUUAGACAAUUAUUUACUGGUUAUAUAAACGUUUUGUGUUUAUUUGAUUUAAAAAAUUCACUGGUUUUAUAAACGUUUUGUGUUUAUUUGAUUUAGAAAAUUCACUGGUUUUUAUAAACGUUUUGUGUUUAUUUAAGUUAGAAAAUUCACUGGUGAGGAAUACAUAUAGGUGUUCACCCCAAAUUCUGUUGAAUCUUUCAAAUCAAGAAAAUACUGAUGAGAAUUUUUAUCAACAUUUCAUGAUAUGAACAUAAGAUUAUUCUUUAGCAUUUUGAAUGGUAUGAAUGUGAUUCCAUUCUGUAUUAAUUUUUUAGCCCACCUGAGCUGAAAGCUCAAGUGAGCUUUUCAGAUCGCCUGUUGUCCGUCAUCUGUCUGUUCGUCUUUUUGUAAACUUUUUACAUUUUGGACUUCUUCUCCAUAACCACUGGGCCACUUUCAACCAAACUUGACCAAAAGCAUCCUUGGGUGAAGGGCUUUCAAGUUGGUUCAAAUUAAGGGCCAUUUCCCUUUCAAAGGGGAGAUAAUCACAAAAAUGCAAAAAUAGGGUGGGGUCAUUUAAAAAUCUUAAGAACCACUGGGCCAGAAAAGCUGAAAUUUAUAUGAAAGCUUCCUGACAUAGUGCAGAUUCAAGUUUCUUCAAAUCAGGGUCCCCGGGGGUUGGAUGGGGCCACAAUAGGGGAUCAAUUUUUACAUACAAAUAUAUAGGAAAAAUCUUUAAAUAUGAGCCAUGGUGCCUCAGAUGAGCGAUGUGGCCCAUGGGCCUCUUGUUAUAUCAAAUAACACUAGCAUAACUUUCUAGCAAAAGAUUAAAAGUUGAAAACUGGGAGCUAAUAAAAUACAUACUGGGCUCAAAAUUUUAAAGUUUCAAAUAAAUGUGCCAUUUCCACUGUACAAAUAACUGCAAGUGGCUAUUUGUAAGAGCAAUUCCAAUACACAACUGAAAUGAAAUUAUUUAAACUAACAGUGUCUUUGAUAUUUAGUAAAUGCAGUGGAACUUUAUCUCAUUAUUAUUGAUUGAUUAAAUAUUGUUUAACGUCCCUCUCGAGAAUAUUUCACUCAAAUGAAAUUGCCGGUGAAGGGCUGCAAAAUUUAGGCCUACACUCUGUGCCUACUGCCUUUGAGCAGGGAGGGAUCUUUAUCUUGCCACACCUGCUGUGACACGGGACCUCGGUUUUUGUGGUGUAAUCCAAAGGACCAUAAUUUUCUGUAAUUGUAAACUUUCACAAUAUAUUCAAUGUUGAAGGAUCUUUAUUUGAAUGAGUUCCUGACCUCAGCAGAUGUUGAAUUGCGCUGUAGGCUUAAUUUCAGAAACUUUAAACAACCUUCAUCAUAACUCUUUCAGAAUCUUAAAUAGGGCAUUUAGGAAUAGCAUUCUUCAGUAAGAACUUGAAGACUUGGGGCUUUUACUUUUAAUCCUUGUGAAAUUGACAGUUUUGAAUUAUCUUUUAAACAGAAAUGUAUAGGGUUUGAUAUUUAUUACUACAUGUACAUGAAUUUGCAUUUAUUAUAUCAUGGAUGUGUUGUCUAAUAUGUUUGGAAUGUUGCAUCAGAUUUGCAUCAAACGCUUUCAACAUGUAACUCUGGUUACCGUUAUGAAAAACCAUAUCAGGUGUCCACACUAUGUGGAAAAUAUUUCAGCUGUAACAGCUGAAAAAUUCAGGAUAGGAGGUUGUAGUCAAUACAUAUUUUCAAUCGUAAAUUCUGUAUUGCUUAAUGGUAUAUAAACUUCACGGAUUUGAAUAUUAAUAUUUAUUAUGGAAAUAGAAAACAACUGUAUUUUUCUAAGAAAUUUGUAGUAUAUUUUAUGUAAACUUCUGUUAUUUCUUCUACAUGUACAUACAAUUAUUUCAGUAUAGAGUCCAACCUUGUUAUCUCGAACUCAAUGGGACUGAGAAAAAUCUUCACGAUAUCUGAGGAUUCGAGAUAUCAAGGUUAAAAUACUUACAGAUUUUUGAAUCACUUAGACAUAUCCAUGGUAUUCGAGACAUUGGUGUUCGAGAUAACGAAGUUCAGCUGUAAUUGCAAUUUAAAAGAUGUCAGCAGCUUUUCAGGCUUUAUGAAACUAUGCUUGUGAAAUGAGGGGCCGUUUUCUUAUGUCAUAUUUGAGAAAUGCAUUCUUAAACCAAAUUUUGAUGCCAAAACAAGAUGAUGGAUGUGUAAAUACUUUGAAUAUAACAGAGAACGGUUUUAGCUCAUCUGAACUGAAAGCUUAAGUGAGCUUUUCUGAUCACUUUUUGUCCACCGUCUACCUAUCUGUAAACUUUUCACAUUUUCAACUUCUCCAGAACUUCAGGGCUAAUUUGAACAAAACUUGUCACAAAGCAUGCUUUCGUAAAGAGAUUUCAUGCUUGUUCAAAUGAAGUGCCACAUCCUUUUUGAAGUGGAGAUAAUUAAAAAUCAGUAAAUAUUUUGUGGCAUAUUUUUAAAAUCCUCUUUUCAAGAACCUCAGGACCAAUUUCAGUCAAACUUGGCACAAAUCAUUUUUAUACGCCCGCAUAAAAAUGCCCUGAAUAAAUAAGGGAAUAAUGAUGGGAAAUACACAUCUGGGUGAAAUACGGGUAUUAUAUGUACAUUCGCAAUCCAAAAUAAACAUGUCAAAAAAGCGGGGGAGGGUAGACGUGGCCCCCAGCCCCCUGUGUACGUUCCUGAUAUAACAUUUACACAAGUUCAAUUCGUUUGAAAGAAAGGUGCCUGUAUACAUUUCUUUAAAUCCCAAAGGAACUCGAAUUUAUGUGUUCCCCUAUUAAUUAUUUUGUCCGCAAGAUUCGUCCCAGAAAACUUUGAAACAUGCUUUCGGUCAGAGCAGAAAUGAUUUCAUUUUGAAGUACAUCUAGAUUGAAUGCAAAUGUGGGUUUCUUGUGCAUUAUAGUAUACUGACAUUGUAUUAUAUCAAAUAAAACCUCAACACAAAC